AUGAGGCGAGGGGCGAGGGGCCUGAGGGGCAGAGACAGGCCGGCCACCCCGCAGUGCCUGCAGACCCAGUGCUUCGACCCGCUGGUUCGCAAAUGUGUGGCCUGCAGUCUCCUCCGGACAGAGCCUAGACCGGGUAAGAACGGCCCGAGCAGCCUGGCGCCCGGGACGGCGCUGCAGCCGCAGGAGUCGGUGGGCCCGGGGGCCACGGCCGAGGCCGCGCUGCCGCUCCCGGCGCUGCUCUUCGGCGCCCCCGCGCUGCUGGGCCUGGCACUGGCCCUGGUGCUGCUGGGCCUGGUGAGCUGGAGGCGCCGACGGCGGCGGCCCGGCGCGGCGGCUGCCCCAGAGGCCCUGGAGGCCCCGGACGGAGACCAGGAUGCCCCAGAGCCCCUGAACAGUGACAACGUCCUCUCCCUGGGAACCCUGGAUGCCACAGCUCCCAUCUGGCUUCCGCCCAGUGAAGACCCAGCUACCACCCCACCUGCCCACAGCGUCCCUGUGCCAGCCACAGAGCUGGGUUCCACUGAGCUGGUGACCACUAAGACGGCCGGCCCCGAGCAACCGUAG